AUGGCCUUGUCUGUGGACUCAGCUUUGUAUCGCUGGCAGCGCCGAGGAGCUCCCCGUCCCUCUCUGUCUCUCUCAGAAUCAACCCCACUACUGUGUUCUGCCGAAGACAGGCAGAAAGGGAGCUUGAACAAGUGGAGGGUUGUGUUUCCCAACAAUGAGAGACAGAAGGAAGCCUGGGACCGCGCUGCAAGAUUGUAUUCUGGAAACAGGAUCCAGACCACAAAAUACACCUGGCUCACUUUUUUGCCCCAAAAUCUCUUUGAGCAGUUUCACAGGUUGGCUAAUCUUUAUUUCCUCUUUCUGGUGAUUCUAAAUUGGUUCCCACAAGUGCAAGUUUUCCACAGGGAGAUUACUAUGCUGCCUUUGCUUGCAGUGCUGCUUGCCAUCUCAGUGAAGGAUGCUAUUGAAGACUACAGAAAAUACCAAUUUGAUAAGGCUAUAAACUCCUCUAAAACCAGGGUAUAUGACAAGUGUGACGUGCUUCCCAAGAGGUGCUCGGACCUGGCUGGCUACCAGGGUGCUACCUGUCCUAGGGCAGGCGCGCGCUGGAGUCGACCACCAGAAGUUUCUGUGAUCCCUAUUUGUGUUAUAAUGGCCAUGACAGCCAUUAAAGAUGCUUGGGAGGACUUUCGGCGGUACAAAUUGGACAAAGAAAUCAAUAAUAUGGGCUGUUACGUUUAUAGCAGGGAAGAUCAUGCCUACACCGAGAAGUGCUGGAAAGACGUCCGAGUGGGGGACUUUGUGCAGCUGCGGUGCAAUGAGACCAUCCCAGCCGACAUCCUCUUGCUCUACUCCUCUGACCAGAAUGGGAUCUGCCACCUGGAAACUGCCAACCUCGACGGGGAGACCAACCUCAAGCAGCGACAAGUUGUGACGGGCUUCUCCAGCCAGAAUACAUUGUUUGAACCAGAACUUUUUAAAAAUAUCAUAAUCUGUGAAAUGCCUAACAACGAUCUCAAUAAAUUCAAAGGAUACAU